AUGAAGAUCUCCGAGCUCUCCCCCGAGUACCGGAUCUCCCAGCUCUCCCCCGAGUACCGGCCGCCGCCGCCGCACGCCGCCCUCCUCACCGACCUCAACAGGAUCGUCGCCGACGUCGAGGCGCUCGACGCCUCCGAUUCCUCUUCCCUGGAGAAGCUCGCUGCCGAUCUCCGCUGCCUCCUCACCAACCUCGCAUCCGCCACUUCGUCCUCCUCCUCGGGCCUCAACGGAGCGUUCAGGCUCAAGGUAUGGAACCUCGCCUUCCGCCUCUGGAACGCGUGCGUCGACCGCGCCAACCACAACUUCCCUGAGAGGGGACCCGAGGCCGCGGUCGCGGAGACGGAGAUCCGGCAGGCGGCGCCGGAGCUCCUCCUCAUCGCCGGCCUCCCGGUAGGCGUCCCCAACGCCACUGUGAAGGCGGCGUCCCUUUUCCACCGCACUGGCCUGGUCUGGCUUGACCUCGGCCGCGCCGACCUCGCUUCCGCCUGCUUCGAGAAGGCCACGCCGCUGGUCUGCGCAGUUGACACGGAGGAGGAUCGGGACAUCCUGCUGGACCUCAACCUCGCGCGCGCGCGCGCGGCGUCGAAUCAGGGCAAGCACGCCCUCGCCGUCGCGUUGCUAAGCCGGUCCAAGCCCCUCGCCGCGGCGUCUUCUGAGGGGGUCAAAGCCCUCGCCGAGGCGUACCUCCUCCUUGGCAAGGCUGCUUUCGCCACAAAAUCCCCGGAUCCCGCCAUCGACGCGUCGACCCUCCUAACCGAAGCGCUUGAUCUCUGCGAGAAGGCCGCGGCCUCCCCCAGCUGCGACACUCCGACGACCCCGAGAUCCACUCCUGCAACCCCAAAGCUCCAAGUGAUUAAGGAUCAAUGCCUCCGCUUCCUCGCCGCCGAGCGUCUCGAAGCCAACGACUACGAGGGCACCCUGCACUGUACCAGGGUCUCGAGAGCCUCACCAGGGCUGGGGAAGGAGCACUCCAGCAUUGCGUUCAUGGCGCUGCGUGCGUGUCUCAGCAGCGGUAAAUUGGUGGACGCCGAGAGGGAGCUCGGUAGGCUCAUGGCCAAUGAGGAAGCGCCCGAAUUCUUGUGCGUGUCGGCAGCCGAGCUGUACCUAGCCAGUGCGGGGCUGGAUGCUGCACUUAAGGUGCUUGUUGCACUUGCCGCACGGUGCCACGCCAGUGCUGCAGCUGCUGCAGUGAGGGUGUUGAAAACGGUGGUUCAGGGUGCAGGCGGCGGGGCUGGGCGUGCAAGAGCGAUUGCUGAGCUCGUGUCAGAUGAGAGGGUGGUUGCGCUGUUCAAUGGCCCUGCUAACACCCAUGAGCGUGACACAAUGCAUGCACUGCUAUGGACAUGUGGCUCUGAGCAUUUCCAUGCAAACAACUGCGAGAUCUGUGCGGAUUUGAUUGAGAGGUCGAUGCUUUAUGUUUCCCGUGACGAGGAAAGCAGAUCCCGCCGUGCAAAAUGCUUCCGAGUACUUUGCCUUUGCCAUAUGGCACUUCGUCAUCUUGAUCGAGCCCAAGAGUUCAUAACUGAGGCUGAAAAGGUUGAACCCAAUAUCCACUGUGCCUUUCUGAAGUUUAAGAUCCUUCUGCACAAGAAGGAGGAUGAUGAGGCUAUCAAGCUGAUGAAGACCAUGGUGGGCUAUGUUGACUUCAACCCUCACUUCCUGACGCUCUCGAUUCAUGAAGCUAUCGUCUGCAAGUCUUUCCGUGUGGCAGUUGCUUCGUUAACCUUCCUUCUAGGCCUCUACUCUGCUGGAAAGCCAUUGCCAAUGAGCGAGGCCACUGUCCUCCGCAACCUGAUAGCCCUCCUCCUUCGUGAGCCAGGAUCUGAGGCUGAGAUUCUGAAGUACUCAAGACGUGCCAAGCUACGGAUGGAUGAGCUUGGUGUGGAAACUUUUUUGGGAAAGGGGACUGUAGGGCUGCGUGAACUGAAUUGGUUUGCUGUCAGUUCAUGGAAUAUGGCUUUAAAGGUGGUAAAAGAGAAGAAGUAUGAUUAUUCCUCUGAAUUCUUUGAGCUUGCUGCUGAAUUUUUCAGCUCUGGUAAUGGGGAAGAUGAUGCUAACCUUCUCUUGAUUUGCAAAUCAUUGAUCAUGAGUGUCAGUUGCAUGCUCCAGGCUGAAGAACUAAACAAGUCUCCAUUGUCAGACUCUGACCUUAAAAAGGGCAUUGAGAUGCUCAGAAGGGCUGGCAAGCUAUUACCCUUGACUCUGCCUUCGGCUCCGGUGAUCUCUGAUCAAUUGGAGAACAACCUGCCCUUUCUUCAUACAUUCAACUUCUACCAGCUUCUCAAUAGACUGGACACUAGCGCACACCCUCAGCAGCUCCAAUUAGUCAAGAGCUUUGCAGCAUCUAAAGCAUGUACACCAGGUCAUCUUCUCAUACUUGGAGACAUGGCUUCUGAAGGCACCCAACCAAACCUCCAGGUAGCUGAGUUUCUCCUGAAGGCCAGCAUCAGUACUGCCCUUGCCUCUCACUCGCCAAACUAUGGGGUAAUCAGUGCUGCCCUCAGAAAACUAGUAUGCCUUUCUGGUCUCCAGGAUUUCAGUGGUAGCAUGAGUGAUGCAGCCUAUGAUGUAUUUCAACAAGCUUACCAGAUUGUGGUUGGACUUAGAGAUGGUGAAUAUCCAUUUGAGGAAGGGAGGUGGCUUGCAAUAACUGCAUGGAACAAGUCAUAUUUACCUGUGCGGCUUGGGCAACAUUCUGUUGCUAAAAAAUGGAUGAAGAUGGGUCUAGAUCUUGCUCGGCAUUUUGACAGAAUGAAGCUGUAUAUACCAGGGAUGGAGGAAUGCUUUGAGAAAUUUCAGAAAUUAUCUGGUAAAGAACCUGAUGAAUGUAGCCAGCAAGAUGGGGAACCAAGUACUAGCAUGUCUGGUACUGGUAGUAUGUCUCAACCUGUCCUAGUUUAG